AUGGUCAUAACCCUCCUUUGGCUCUACGUAGCUCGCAACUUUUCCAAAAUCAUGGGCUUCGAAAGCCCCGAACCCUUGGCAAACCUCUACUCUCGAUCGUAUUUCCGCGCAACAUGGAUCACAACCGCACUCGAUGCCGGCUUCUGGACCGCCAUGAAAGUCAGACCUAAAUGGCUGAAGGAUAUUGCCUCGAUGGUGUUUACUGCUUACUAUCUGAUUGCCGCGGAGCAGGCAGAAGAAAAAGUGCGCAGGGUACGCGCUACGCUGACCGUGGAGCAUUUACGUGUUUCGUGGAACAAGGCGACGACGCCGUAUUUGAAGUUUUUUAAUGGGCUUGUGAGGCCUAAAUAUACGAAAUAUGCACCUAGACAGAUUAGGAUUGCACGGCCGAAAGAGUCGUCGUAUCGAGAGCCUGUCAAUGCGUGGCUGUAUUUUGAUGGUACGCUGGCUGAGUUACGGGAACAGACGCAGUUGGUGCUGGAUGUCCCCGGUGGUGGAUAUGUGGCUAUGGAUCCUAGAACAGCAGAUGAUAAGCUUUUGGCUUGGGCUGGGAAGACUAGGGUUCCGAUUCUGAGUCUGGAUUAUAAGAAGGCGCCCGAGUUUCCUUACCCGUAUGCACUCAACGAGUGUUUUGAUGUGUAUAGGGCUAUAGUGGCGAGCAGAGGCCGAUGUGCCGGUCUUGGAGGUCAUAGCCGUCCUCAUAUCAUUGUUUCUGGGGACAGUGCAGGCGGUAAUCUGGCGACGGGUAUGACAAUUAUGAUAUUGCAGUCCGGCAGGACUGAGGCCAGAAAAUGGCUGGGAGAAGUCCCGCUGCCUCCGCCAAAUGGAUUGGUGCUGAUCUAUCCUUCGCUGGAUAUGAAUAUCGGCAGUUGGAUGACAGAAGAGCAGAUGUCUCUAAUUCAAGAUAGGGGUAUGCGCAAGACAAACGAAAGAGUAUUACGACGGAAAAGUGAAGAUUAUAGUCGAUUGACCCCGAAGUCAUCGCGUUCACUCUCUUCUGAUUAUCACGAUCAAGCGUCCCCUGUGAAGGACUACUUUAGCAACCGUCCUCAAAACAAAGACUCGGAAAAGUCUGUAACAAAAAUCGACCCAACGGCGCAAAAUCAACCAACAAAAAUCAAAACACGAAUAGCAGUAUCCUCCAUGAUAUCCUACUUUGGAGACCGUAUCCUCACGCCCGAAAUGAUGCGAGCAAUGAUCAUCCUCUACAUCGGCCCUCACCAUCGUCCAGAUUUCAAAACCGAUUUCUUACUCUCACCCAUCCUCGCACCCGACGCAAUUCUGGCUACAUUCCCAAAGACAUAUUUCAUCACUGGAGAACGCGACCCGCUCGUCGACGACACAGUCAUCUUUGCUGGGCGCAUACGACAAGCGAAAUUACACCGAUUCCGUGAACGACAGGAUUUAGCAUUGGAAAAGUCUCGUGUUGAGUUCAAUGAAAAGGAGCACGUAGAGGUCAACCUGAUACCGGGUAUAUCCCACGGAUUUGUGAACUUUCCGGGAAUUUUCCCCGAUGGCUGGAAACAUAUUCAUAAAUGUGCGAGGUGGAUUACGGAGUUGUUGGAGUUGGCUGCUGAGAGGGAGCUUAGGAAUUCUUCUUCAAGUAUUGCUUCUACGGUUGAGAAGAGCUUGAGAGCUUCCGAUUCAAAGGACUUUAAGCAGCAAGGAAAACAGCAGGAUAGCAGACGGAGCUCUCUCGCAGAGUCAUCGGCAGAUGAGGAUCAUCCCCUGGAAAUGAGUGUGACGAGGUUCACGCCUAUCAAGCAAUCCGUCGUCGAAGGCAACGAGGGCAAUAGCAAAGCACCUUCCCGGUCUGAUGCACAGAACAAAUCUGCAACAGACAGAUCGAAGCGAAAGGAUAGCACCCCUUCAGCACAGCAACCCCGUGCCCGUCGACCAUCACUAAGUACAUCAAACCUCAAACCGCUGUCCUUCCCUCUGCAUCUCCCAUUACUCAAAACAGUCAAGAGCUCAGUAAACAACACGGACACCAAUGGCUUUCAGGUUGAGAGCGUGGACGACGAUGAUGACGGCACGAAAAGUGCUGUGUCCGAGAAUGGAAAGACGUUUACGCGGUUGCCGAGUGAGGAGGAUCUCAUAGGGAGACGGAUGGACGGGUUGGCGGGUGGAUUGAUGGGGUUGGGAGAGGGGGCUAGGACGCCUUGA